GCAGAAAUUUCAACUAAGUCAUCGAAAUUGCAUUCGCCAUUUUUCGACCACAAAAAUCAAUCCAAGCAGCAAAAAUGAAGAGAGUGGUAGUACCAGAAGUGAGAAUCCACCGGUGCAAAUGCCGGACAAAGACGCCGAGUUGAGACUGGCUGACCUCCAAGCCACCAUAACCGAGGAGUACAAACGAGGGAAUUUCACGAACGCACUCGCCACAUCGCAAGACCUUCUGAAGCAAACACAGCAACACUUUGGAUACAACGUCGAUCAUCCUGCCACGGCCUCGGCAAUGAACAACGUUGGUUUGAUGCACAAACUCUUGGGGAACUUUACAGAAGCCCGACAACACUAUGUGGCCGCCAUGCGGGUGUAUGCUAGUGUGUGUGGAAGAGACCAUGCGAGUUAUGCCAUGACCCUGCACAAUCUAGGAAACCUGAACAAAUCACAAGUACAUUUCGAUGCUUCGCUGAAAGCCACGGAUAGACUGUCUUUGGUAGAGUCCGCCUUGGAAUAUUUGGAAGAAGCCUAUGCCGUUCGAAUCGCAGAGCUGGGUGUGGAGCAUCCGCACACGAUAGCUACACGGUCGGCCAUCGGAUCCACGCUUGCAGCGCAGGUCUUGUAUCAGCACAAACUGGUCGAAAAUAAUACAGAAGGUAGUGAAAAGAUUCGGAAACAAUACGUCGCUCUCAAUCCUCAGCAGAUUACAGAACAACAAUGGAGGGCAGCAGAAGAGCACUUGAGAGAAUCCCUCCAAACAGCAAUCGAUAAUCCGAGAGGAAAGCAGAUCAAAAACAAUCAACAUCGUAAAAACAGCAACAAAUUUAGGAAGAACGGGGGUGGGGUGAAACACAUUAAGCAGCUACAAAACAAAAUCCCGGGUAACCCUGGUUCGAGCUUCUCUAUCACAACAUUGUCUGCCGCUUCGGCCGCUCAGAAUCUAGCCGUCUUUCUCAAAUCCCUUGCCAUGACGAUGGAUGAAGACUCGCCGGGUCGCAAGUACAACUUGUACGAAGCCAAAGACUUGUACGAAAACGUACAGCAGGUACGGACCCAACUACUUCCAAGCGAUCAUCCCGAUUUGUAUGCCACCAAGUACAGUCUUGCAGAACUUCUGGAAGUCCUUGCAGCAGUUCCUUCGUCUGGAGAAGGGACCGACAAAGAACAGGAAGAACGUCAGCGCCAUCAAGAGUCAGCUGAUGCGCUACGACAGGAAAUUAUUGACACUUAUGAUCCCCCUAACAAGAAGCUAGAGGAAAUUGAUUCACUUGUGCCGAACGACGAGUCACAACGUAUAGAAAUCGUAGUCGAGAAGACCAAGGGGACCCAAAAUCAUUGAGUUUCACUUCGUUCGAUCCCGGUCAACAAUACGCGA